AUGGGUGUGAAUGCUCCCGGAUUUGAUACAUUUUUGUUGUCAUACGUGGCACUGCAUCAUGAACUUAAGAACUCAGAACCCCUCAGUCUCUGUGUAACUGCUCCACUGGAUCGAGAAAUGGACAAUGUUUACGGUGGACUUCUGACAGAUGAUCAGUAUUUUCUCCUGUACUUAAUCAUGGGAACCUACUUCGCUCCUGAUCUCAAGGAUGAAAGGCCCCACAAGUCCGCUUUGCAAAGACACGCCGAAGGCCUUCAGCCCUACACUGUGGAUGGAUUGACUGGUUCGGACAUAGAAACAUCGGUGGUUGCAAGUGUAUACUACUAUAUACUUAGAAAGGCAGAAUCAUCUGUUGUUGUGAGACUACCUUUGUUGCUUCAGUUUGUUCAUGGAGAUCUUCCAACUCCAAUGCUAGGUUGUGCUGCACGUUGCUCACAGUUCAAUUAUCUCUUUCCUCCUCAGUUUCAUCGGCUAUUGCAUCAUAAAACCAGGGGUGGCACUAUUGAAAACAUUGUUUUUGUUAAUAACCCCGCAAUUUAUUACAUUGAGCAAGAGGAUAUUGAACGGUUUAAGAGGCUCACUCGGCUUGAAGAUUUUCUUCUUGACAGAGAUGCUGCAAUGUCACACAUAUGGGUUUCUGACAAGGUUUUAUAUGAUAUUACGGUGCAGGAGGAGAAGAGUGAAGAAAUAUUGGAACAUAAUAAUGUAUUGGGCAGUGCUCUGCAUAAUGCUACUCCGACUUCAGACAGUUUCAGAAUUCCGUCAUCUGCAAACACUACGCCUGUUGAUGAUCUUGGGCCGGGAAUGAUAUUCCUUCCUUCUCGUCCUUCAAGGGAAGAGUGGAGUAACCUUGUUGCUACCAUUAAAAGUGGUUUCGCAUUGACUGGAAGUGCAGCAAAAGGACAAAUUGGACCAGUUUUAGGUCUCAUGGAUAUUGGGGAGUCGGAGGAUUCCUAUCUUUUUCGCGUAUCCCUCCCUGGAGUGAGAAGAGAUGAAAAAGAUUUUAGUUGUGAAGUUGAAAGUGAUGGCAGGGUAUUAAUCAAAGGAGUGACAGCAACAGGUGAAAAAACAGUUGAAAAGUACUCCCAGGUAUUUGAGAUGCAAUCUCAGAAUCUCUGCCCCCCGGGACCUUUCUCCCUCUCGUUUAAGCUGCCAGGUCCUGUUGAUCCUCAGCAAUUUCUUGGAACUUUUGCAACUGAUGCGAUUUUCGAGGGAAUAGCAUGGAAAGCCCGGAGGAACAGAAUUUAG